UCAAGGGAUGCAGUAAGACCGCGUCUUUUGACUCGGACGCGCUGUUUGGAGCCUCUGCACAGCGACUAAAUGAUAUAAAAACCAGUCAAAGAGUGCCUAAAGAUAGUCGAUCAGGGCCUGAGUAACACCAAAUUUUUUCACGUUCUCCGGUUAACGAAGGCAAAGGAGUUAAAAAAAAACAAGUCGCGCGAUAUUACAUAAACACCAUUAGGAACAGCUGUGAAGAGGAAAUAAUUUUCGAAUCUUAAAUCGAUCUCUGUGUCGCUGAAACUCGGGUAUGCGACGAUUAGAAUAAACAGGGAUUCCUAGAUCAUUAUAAAGAAGUGUGGCAAUGACUAGAAGAAACAGCACGAUCAUGGAUUCGGGCUACACAAGUCCGAGCAUACAGAAAAAGAUCAUGCAGCUGCAAGCUGGGUUGUGUCAAAACGGAACGAUGGACAUGGCCGGCUUUUGCCCGAAGCUUUGGGACGGCAUCCUCUGUUGGCCAUCCACAUCCCCUGGCGCAGUGGCGACUGUCGCCUGCCCGGAUUACAUCGCUGGUUUCAACGACAAGGAAAACGCCACUCGGUCUUGCAUGUCCAACGGCAGCUGGUAUUGGAACGUCACAACUAACAGCACAUGGAGCAACUACUCGCAGUGCUUCAAAACACCAUUCGUCAAGGUCGUCAUGCAGCUGGAAACCCCGAACGCUUCGCUUGCGAAGUACAUACCGAUCGUCAAGACGAUUUCACUGACCGGGUAUUCCGUCUCCCUGUCAACCCUGAUAGUUGCAUUCUGCAUACUGGCAGCCAUAAAGAAACUAAGAUGCCCAAGGAACAUGCUGCACAUGCACCUCUUCGCCUCGUUCAUGAUGCGGGCCUUCAUCGCCCUCCUCAAGCACUCGAUAUUCGUCGACGGCCUCGGCUUGUCCUCCGACGUUUUGGUACUAGGCGGAGGCGAAAGUUACUGGCUGUCGGAUCCUAACGAGAGCAAUUGGCACUGCAAGGCGUUCACCAGUGUCUGGCAGUAUUUCAUCCUCGCGAACUAUUGCUGGAUACUGAUGGAGGGCCUCUACCUUCACAACUUGAUCUUUCUGGCUCUCUUUACUGAUUCAAAGUCGAGCAUCACGGGCUACGUCGUUCUCGGCUGGGGUUUACCGGCCAUAUUCGUCCUUCCUUGGGUUGCGGUUAGAGCGGCUUUGGAGGACACGUAUUGUUGGACAACGCACAAGAACUCCCUGCUGUUUCUAAUCAUUCGCGUGCCCACGAUGCUCUCAAUUUUGAUAAACUUCGUGCUGUUUAUCAACAUAGUUCGGGUGCUGAUGUUAAAGCUGAAAUCUACCGUAUCCGAGGAGACUCAGAGAUACAAAAGAUGGGCUAGGAGUACCUUGGUCCUUGUUCCGCUGUUCGGUAUCCACUACACCAUAUUUUCUGGAAUGCAAUAUGGCCUGGUUAAAAACGAAACGGUUGAACUGGUGUGGCUCUUGGGAGAUCAACUUUUCGCGUCCUUUCAGGGAUUUUUCGUCGCGGUGCUUUACUGCUUUUUGAAUGGCGAAGUACGCGCCGAAGUUUCGCGGGCAUGGCGAACAAAAAAUUGCCAUCGAUUUCGACGCGGCCGUUGGGGUCCGAGGGCUUCGACUCACUCUUGCAGCACAUGUAGCUGCAACGCGAUUAAACUUAACAAGAAACCUGAGGAUACGACGUGGUGGAACAAGCCGUGGACAUGCUGGUGCCGUAGGGUGAAUGUCAACCGAUCGACGCACAGCAUGGCGAGUACGCAAGAUAUAGAGACGCAAGGAGAGAGUUUGGCUAGUAGUCGUGGUUACCUCGAAGUUGCUGGUACAGGUGCUGUAAAUCGCAUACAAGUGAACCAUGUGUCUCCGAUGUGUAGCAAAUACACGGGGCAAUCGCUCUUGUCAUUUUGCUCCAACCUAUCUGACAUGUCUGGAUGCGGUACGGCACCUCAAAUAGAAAAAUGCGAUAAAAUACGAGACCAACAUCGAUGGAGCGAUUCGGAAUGCUGUCAUCUCGCUUACGAAUUGCACAGCUUACAAAAUCACUCGCAUCCUUAGUUAUAAUUUAAGUAUACUGUACUACAUGUAAAUCUUCAUUGAGAAAUUGCAGCAAACGCUGAUAUAUUCAAUACCAAAAAUAUCUCGUUGGCUGGUUAAUCAUUUACAACAUAUCCACACACACCAACGAUGUAAGUAAACCUGUAUGUGUAUCGCCCGUGCGUUGUGUGCCUCUACUGAAAACGUGAUUUAUAUGUUAAAUCGUAAAACGUUUCGAGAGAAUUCAGCACGUUUCGAUAUUACAAGAUAAAUCACUAUAGGUAUAGUUGACUUGUAUAAUUUUUUAUCUAAUAUGUCCGAUGAUUCGUGCUUUUGUAAUUUAUUAUAUAUUUUUAUCGAAUUUGCAAGAUAAAUCAUCUAAUAAAUUACACACUGAAUUCUUUCAAAACAUUUUAUGAUUUGACACAUAAAUAUUUUCAGCAGCAAUACAUGUACCAGAAAUGAUGUAUUUAGUAUUGUGAUGAAAGAAAAAGAAAAAGUCAAAACCAAAAACAACAUUUUUACUCGAUUUGCAGUAUCUUAGAUCGUGAAUGUUCAGCGCACCGUGACUCCAGUGAACAGUUUUAUUUACCUAAGAUAUUAAGCAGAAAUUGCUGUUGGUUUCUCACCAGAUAUCUGCACCGCAUGUAUUUCGGUUAUUUGUUUCCUAUUCUCAAUAAGAAAUAUCGAAAUAAUGAAUAAGAGUAAUAAUGAAUUAAUAAUAACCUAAUAUAGGAUAAUAACAGUGUGUCAUAAAAUUACUCCAGGCAGUCAAAUAUUAAUUUGUGAAUAUGUAUUCGUAAAAGCGUGUCAUGGACUAGAUUUUAAAUACAGGUUUAAAGGUAUACAUUAUAAUAUACAUAUAGUACUAAUAUAUUUUGCGAUUUAUAAUUAUUAAAAAAAAAAAUACACACAGCCACAUAUACACCGCAUACGAACGUACCUUUGAAGAUUCUUCUGAUUGUUAACUGAGUAAGUUAUUUUAAGUUUUAUAUGUAUAAUUAGAGGGCAGUAUUUUGAUAUUGACUGAAUAGUUACAAAUAGUUAAUAUGGAUUGACAUAAUCGAGUGUGUGAUAUAUGCGCUGAAAAAUUUUACUGAGGUAAUUUGGAAUGAAAAGCGCUCGGUUUAUAAUAUGAAGGGCACCUACCUUAUGAUACUUGUCAUAAUUUUAAGAAAAAGCACAUACGCGUUCCCUACAUACUGUAGAAGCAUAUGGUAUUCCAAUUAUCUUCCAUUCCCAAAAGGGGGACGUGCAGUGUAAAAUUGUUUAAAAUCAUAAAAUAGACUAUCUAUACAAACGUUACAGAAUAUUCAUUUAAAAAGGUUAGUCAGAAAUGAUAAUACUGCAACAAUACUAAUGUAUAAAAGUUAUUAUAUUGUAAUACAAAGAUAGGAAAUAUUGAUGUGAAGAAAAAUUAUUUGAAUGUUGUAUACCUCAACCGCUCUCUAUGUCUUAAUAAACGUUACUUAUACGAA